UUUUUCUUCCUUUAUACCUUUCUCCGCCUUUCCGCCCUGCUCCAUAUUAAUAAAGGCAAAUUGCUUCCAGUUCUCAUCCAUCCCACAAAAUUAUACGCGAUUCUCUCAAUAUAUAUCUUUCCCCACUCGCACGGCAGUUCACCCGUAUAAAAACAUCAGCCGAAGGAGAAGAAGAAGAACAAGGAAGAAAUCGCAGAGAGAAGAAAAGCGUAAACCAGAGGGAAAAGAUGGGGAAAGACAAGACGAUCGGAGUGGCGAUGGACUUCUCAGGCAGCAGCAAGAACGCGCUGAAAUGGGCACUUGAUAACUUGGCGGAUAAGGGUGACACCAUCUACAUCAUCCAUGUCCAUUCCAACGAACUACCCGAGGGUAAAAAUGAACUCUGGGGCAAGGCAGGCUCUCCUUUGAUUCCGCUGUCGGAGUUUAGAGAGCCGGAGAUUAUGAAGGGGUACGACUUGAAGCCAGAUGCCGACGUUCUCGCUCUGCUCGACACUGUUACCAGGCAGAAAGAGAUCAAAGUCGUGACGAAGCUUUACUGGGGAGGAGACGCGAGGGACAGGAUCGUUGACGCGGUCGAAGGGUUGAAGCUGGACUCUGUUGUCAUGGGAAGCAGAGGGCUUGGAACUGUGAAGAGGAUACUAAUGGGAAGCGUGAGCUCGUAUGUGAUGAACGCGGCUUCUUGCCCAGUCACCAUUGUCAAGGAUAAGCACUGAAAUCAGCAGCAGCCAGCGAGAUGAGGCUGUGGACGAUUUGGGUUUGGAAUUUGGGGAUGGACUUUUAGAUGUGUGUUUUUUUUAAUUUCAUGAAUCUUGAUUUGGACGGUUUGUUGUUUUCUAAUUUCUAGACUUGUUAUCAUCAAAUGGGUUGUUUUGAUUUCUGGGGAAGGAGGAGGAAGGAGAGGAACAUAGCAGUAGCAGUGAUCAUUUCCACACCCUAAAUCUUCCUUCUUACUAUGUAAUAGAGAGCAAACCUAUGGGCCUUUAUUUUAUCAUCAUAGAGAUUAGAAUUAUAAUAAAGGAAAACACAAACGUCUUUGUAUUAUCGAGAAUCUCGACUAUUUUUUAUUGUAGAAUUCAUUACCAAACCCCACAAGUGUCCCAGCAGCCGCAGACAGUGCUAUGGGAGAGAGUCCAUGAUAAUUAUGCAUAAUCUCCCAUCCCAUGUGAGUCCCAAAUAAUGUUUCUAACACUUUGGUUAUAUUUCUUUCGUUUUAAGUUUUAAUUUUUUAUAUAGAUAAAUCAGAUUAAUUGUGCUAUUCAAAAUGAUAGCAACUUUG